AUGGGCAAAGUCAAGCAGUCGAAGCGAAACGGCGCGCCUUCCAGCCCCUACGAUCGACCAUCCGGUGGCUCAAGCAAUUCCGGCGCAAACUCCAAGAACAAUGUCUUCAAGUUCAACACCAAUUUCGGCCAGCACAUUCUCAAAAACCCUGGUGUGUCCGACGCCAUUGUCGAAAAGGCAUAUUUAAAACCCACAGACACCGUCUUGGAAAUCGGUCCCGGAACUGGUAAUUUGACAGUACGAAUUUUGGAGCGUGCCAAAAAAUGUAUCUGCGUCGAGUUGGAUCCUCGCAUGGCGGCAGAAGUGACGAAGCGUGUGCAGGGGACGCCGGAGCAGAGGAAACUGGAGGUCAUAUUGGGCGAUGUGAUUAAGACGGAGUUGCCACAGUUCGAUGUCUGCAUUUCAAAUACGCCAUAUCAGAUCUCAAGUCCCCUCGUCUUCAAACUUCUCGCCAUGCCCAACCCCCCACGGACGUCCGUCCUCAUGUUCCAGCGCGAAUUUGCCCUCCGGCUAACCGCCCGGCCCGGCGACUCCUUGUACUCGCGCAUCUCCGUCAACGCGCAGUUCUGGGCCAAAAUCACGCACAUCAUGAAAGUCGGCAAGAACAACUUCCGCCCUCCACCGCAAGUCGAAUCCUCCGUGGUGCGGAUUGAACCAAAAGUCGGCAAAGACAGACCCAAUGUAAGCUGGGACGAAUGGGACGGCCUGCUACGCGUAUGCUUUGUCAGGAAGAACAAGACCCUGCGGGCAAGUUGGCUAGGCACAAGGGAGGUAUUGACCAUGGUUGAGAAGAAUUACCGGACGUGGUGUGCGAUGAAUGGCGUCGCUGUGGAUGAGACCCUCGUCGAGGGUGACGACGCAGAAGAGGAAAUGGACACGGAUGCUGGUGCUGGUGCUGGCCUGGGUGCCGAGGAGGGCGAUGGCAUGGAUGUGGAUGACGACGAUGCGCCAGAUUUUUUCAAGCAGAUGACCAGGUCGGCCGGCAGUGCGCCCAAGACCAAGAGCAAGCGCAAGAAGACAAAGGUGGCGGAGCUGGUUCGGGAAAAGAUUCGCAAGGUGCUGGAGGAUGUUACCGAGUUAGCUGACAAGCGAGCUGGCAAGUGCGAUGAGAAUGACUUUUUGCGUCUGUUGUUUGCAUUCAACGAGGAGGGGAUUCAUUUUUCAUGA